UGGAUCUCUGUCAUCUCAGCGAAGGCCCAAACACGUGCAGCGGCUGACAAGUGUUCCACCUCUGCAUAAGGACAUCCAGCCCUCAUUCCUCUCCCAACACGAGCCCACGGCUGACUUAAUUGAAGUGGGCAGUGUGAGGACCGAAGUCAACACACACACGCUCACUCACAUUCAUGGAGGUCCGUGGAAUGAGUCGACUAAUGGAAGACCAGCUGGCUGGAUUCUUCAUAAAAUAGGGGUACAUGUCAGGAGGAGAGAAAAGAUCACUGCAGGCUGGCGGAGCUCCCUUCAUCUUUCAGACCACACGUCUGUGAGCUCUGGCUGUUCCUCAUGGAUCCCUUCUGCCUUGAUAUCCACAUGGGGUUCCUGAAGCCCCAGUGCUCGCUACCGCCGCCACCUCAGAGAGGACGAGGAGAAGCAUGUACGUGUUUCAGCGGAAUGUGUGCUCUUCAUCAACGCAGGCUUUCUACAGACUGCACCGGACAGUUGACGUCCUCUCCUCUCAGCUCACCCACGUCCCACCGAGGGAUGCACCCAUCCCUGCUGAGUCCAACAUCAUUAGGCCCCUCGGGGUCCCUGCACUCCCCCAUCAGCACUCUGAGCUCACCCAUGAAUGGCCUGGGCUCUCCCUUCUCCGUCAUCAGCUCGCCUAUGGGCCCUCAUUCAAUGUCAUCUCCUGGAGUGGGUUACGGCCCCAGCAUCAGCCCUCAGUUGAACUCGCCCAUGAACUCUGUCAGCAGCUCAGAAGAUAUUAAGCCGCCCUUAGGCCUUAACGGUGUGAUGAAGGUUCCAGCCCAGCCCUCGGGCACCCCACUCUCUCUCACCAAACACAUCUGUGCCAUCUGUGGCGACCGCUCCUCAGGUAAACACUACGGUGUGUACAGCUGCGAGGGAUGCAAGGGUUUCUUCAAGAGGACAGUGCGUAAAGACCUGACCUACACCUGUCGAGACAAUAAGGACUGUGUUAUAGACAAACGCCAGCGCAACCGCUGCCAGUACUGCCGCUAUCAGAAGUGUUUGGCCAUGGGCAUGAAGAGAGAAGUAUUAUUACAUACAGCCGUCCAGGAGGAGCGCCAGCGAGCCAAGGAACGCAGUGAGAAUGAAGUGGAGUCGACCAGCAGCGCCAAUGAAGACAUGCCCGUGGAGAAGAUACUGGAGGCAGAGCUUGCCGUAGAGCCCAAGACGGAGACUUACAUUGAGACCAAUGUACCUAUGCCGUCAAAUUCACCCAAUGAUCCAGUCACCAACAUUUGUCAGGCCGCAGACAAGCAGCUCUUUACUCUGGUGGAGUGGGCGAAGAGGAUUCCACACUUUUCUGAGCUCCCGCUUGACGACCAGGUCAUUCUACUACGAGCAGGAUGGAAUGAGCUCCUCAUUGCGUCAUUUUCGCACCGAUCCAUAGCAGUGAAAGAUGGAAUACUGUUGGCCACAGGAUUACAUGUGCACCGAAACAGCGCCCACAGUGCCGGAGUAGGAGCCAUAUUUGACAGAGUGCUGACGGAGUUGGUAUCAAAGAUGAGAGACAUGCAGAUGGAUAAAACAGAGCUUGGGUGUCUUCGAGCCAUUGUACUAUUCAACCCAGACUCCAAAGGCCUGUCAAACCCUGGUGAAGUGGAAGCACUGAGAGAGAAGGUCUACGCCUCUCUGGAAGCUUACUGCAAACAUAAGUACCCUGAACAACCUGGAAGGUUUGCGAAGCUGUUGCUGCGGCUCCCUGCACUGCGCUCGAUCGGACUCAAGUGUUUGGAGCAUCUGUUCUUCUUCAAGCUCAUAGGCGACACACCCAUCGACACCUUCCUCAUGGAGAUGCUAGAAGCUCCACACCAAAUGACAUAAUGACACAACGACCUCCUGUCUCCGGGACGGGGAAAGAAGGGUCGGCCACCACAAAGAUCCUUUCUGACACCAUUUGCCAGAGCAGAGAGACGUUCAGAACUGCCACUCAACUCAGCAUUUCCAAUUCAGUCAUGGCGUCCAUGGGUCUGUUUAUACUUUGUAUAAAGAUAUAAAUAUAUAUAAAAUAUAUAUAUAUAUAUAAAACACAUUAAAAAAGAGAGACAACAGACUUCACGCGCCCAGACAACAGUGAACAACACGGGUGUACCAAACUAUCCUGCAAUGGGUAUAUAUUUUGAAAAAAAAAAAGAUUUGUUGGAGGUCCAGUAAUUGCAGGAAUGUGUUGUACGUUGGGAUAUAAUGGGUCUUGUGGGAGGGAUCCAGAGCUGUAAUCGGCCUCAUGUGGCUGACGGAUGGGCCGACUUUACUAGUCUUGCAUUCAGGAUUAAGGCUGGGCUGGCAUGUCUGAGCGCAUAAAGACUUAUUUGGGAGAUGAUAAUGCGGGUAAUGAUUCGGGGUUCUAACACAAACAUUGUGUUUUCAGCCCUUGAUGGGACUUUUUGCGAUUACAAUCCUGCUGCAAUUACCAUUUCUCCCCCUCCACCUCAAGUGAGCUGUUCCUGAUAGAAUGUUCCUGUAAUUACGAACAACCAUGCUGAUUCUCCCAACUCACCAUCAUCAUCAGCGGUGGCUUGGAGACACAAUAUGGACGUAACUUCAGGAUUAGGACACAGGACGUCUGAGGUCGCUGUCGGAGGUUUGGAUUAUGAUCAUUUACACUUUUUCAUCAGCUUUUACAAAUCCAAUCUGCCUGUUCUUAAUGAGCCCAUGAUGCUGAAACGUGAACUAAGGAGUCUUCUAGUGGACAUCCAGCCAUCUGUAUACCACCCGCAUUUGUUCCAUUGUGCGACUCGUCUGUAUACCAAUUCACCUCAAGUGGUUUUCCAAGCGAGCGCGACACUUGUACAGUUUAUUACAACCAAUUCAGUAUU